CGAGAGCCCGAACGCCUUUCAGCUCCGCCCCGGCACCGCCAGGCCGGCGGAAGAGCCCGCGCGGAACCCGGCAGAGGGAGACGAGCGACACCAAGGGAGGCGGGGGCGGAUCCGAGGGCCACACCGGCGCCGGGACAGCACAGGCGGAAGGGGAGGAGCCUCGGGGAUGCCAGAGGGCGGCCGCUUCCGCCGGGGGGAGGGCCGCGCGUGCGGGGGCCGGCCGUUGCCAGGGCAACCGCGUCUAGCAGCAGCGGCGGCGGCGGCGGCCUGUCCGGAGGAUGAGCGGGGUGCCAGCCGAGGUGGAGGAGCCGGUGGCGCGGCGCUACGAGAUCAAGCGGCGGCUGGGCAAAGGGGCCUACGGGAUCGUGUGGAAGGCGACGGAGCGCCGGACGGGAGACAGCGUGGCAGUCAAGAAGAUCUUCGACGCCUUCCGCAACCGGACCGAUGCCCAGAGACAGACUUGCAUGCAGUGAUCAAGAAGGGGAAUUUACUGAAAGACAUUCAUAAGUGCUACAUCCUGUACCAGCUCUUGAAAGCCACCAAAUUUAUCCACUCAGGAAAUGUUAUUCACAGGGACCAGAAGCCUUCCAACAUCUUGCUGGACAGGGAUUGCUUUGUGAAGUUGUGUGAUUUUGGACUGGCUCGUUCCCUGGGCCAAAUUGAAAAAGAUGAAGGCAACCCUGCACUUACUGAGUAUGUUGCUACUCGCUGGUACCGAGCCCCUGAGAUCCUGCUUGCAUCAAAAUGUUACACCAAGGGGGUGGACAUGUGGAGCAUCGGCUGCAUCUUGGGAGAGAUGCUUCUGGGAAAGCCUCUGUUCCCAGGAACGUCCACCGUCAACCAGAUAGAGCAGAUCCUGCGUGUUAUUCCUCCCCCCAGCCCAGAAGAUUUGGAUGCCUUCCAUUCUGACUACCGAGCCUCAGUUAUCAACCGUGUGAGCUGCCAGCCCCAGCUGUCUUUGGAGGAGCUCAUGCCUGCCUCCACUCCUGCCCAGGCCCUGGACCUUCUGAAACGGCUCUUGGUGUUUAACCCUGAGAAGCGGCUAACGGCAGAGGAGGCGCUGGAGCACCCCUAUGUGCAGAGGUUCCACUGUGCUGCCAAAGAGCCUGCUCUUGACUACAGUGUGACCCUCCCUUUGGCUGAUGAUGUGCAGCUCUCAGUGGCUGAGUAUCGCAAUCGAGUUUAUGAGUUGAUCUUGGAAUGGAAGGCCAGUAGCCAAGCUCAGAAGCAGCCCCUCCAGGGAUUUCCUCUUCCAUCUGGUUCCACAGAUGCCAGUUCCCCUCUCAGAGCCCACUGUCCAAUGAAGGGAGGGACACAACCUCUUCCAUCCCAUGGGUCUCCACCACCUCUUGUGGCAAGUUCCCAGCGGAGAGCAAAUGAGUCAAGAAACCCUUGCCCAAAGCCAAAGUUGAGCUCCACAGUCUGCAGUCCUACUGUUAAUGCAUCUGCCCAAAAUUUCCUGCCUGCUGGCAAUGUGGCGAUGGGUCCACCUCCCUCCCGCCUUCGGCAGUAUCAGAGAGCAGCGGGCACCUCCACUUUUUGGGACGUGCCAAAGGGGCCGGGGGCAACAAGCCAGGCCGUGUCCCCCUUCAAACCUCUUACCUUGCUCAGCCAGGCUCAGGAAGCAGCCCUCAACCAGCAUCUGACGAGGAAGGGGGCCCUUCCCAGCAGGGCUGCCGCGGGGCUGAAUCCACAGAACCCUGAAUCCCGUGGCAGGGAAGCUCAUUUCUUUCUGAAGCCAUGCAAGAAAAUGUUCCAGGUUACAGCAAAUGUCGGAAUAGCUGGUGACCCCAAGGCCCACCUGGGCAGCUACUCCCAGUCCUAUGGGACCAUCUGCAAGUCUGCCCUCCAGAAUCUGCCUGUCUCUGGUGCUUCUCCCCCAGCGGUUGCUCCCAGUCCCCAGCAGCUCUAAGUGUGGCCUCUGGUCACCUGCAGCAGGGAGGGAGGGAGGCAGGCAGGCAGUCCUCCUCCUCUUUCUGCGUCCCUCGGGCAGGCAGAGGGCUCAACUCAGUCACGUCUUUGAUCCGUCAUGACCCCAAACUCCUGGGAUCCACCAAGAGAAGGAAGCCCUGGGUAACGUGAGACGUUGCCUGGUUCCAGCCAAGUGACAGGUUUUUUUAAACACCCAAGCUAGCCAACCUGUGUGUUGAUCUCACAAUCAAACGAAGCCUCCCCCUCCCCGAAAAAGCUUCUGAGAUAAAAGUAUUUUCUACAUGGAUUAAAA